AAUCAACAAGUGCCACACACAGACUAUUUUGCAUGCCCAUGAACGACAAUUUGCGAAAUUUGUGGAUGUCGUUUCUGGUUCCUGUUAAUCCACAUUUACUUGGACUGUCAAAGGGUCAGCUAAUGACUAAACGUGUUUGUCAGAAACAUUUCGACGAAACUCAGUUUAGCCAAGGGUCAAGAAUUCGUUAUUCUUACCCCUGCCUUUUCACAGAAAAGGAAUUUAUUCACGGCGUCCCACUCUCUUCUGAAGAAUACAAUGUUCUCAAUGAACAUAACUACUGCACAAAUCAAGAAGGAGAUGAUACUGCAGUGCAUCAAGUACCAGCAACACUCAUGGGCAUGCCAGGUGAUGUUCAUUUACAUGAACAUCUUUAUGCACUUCCUUCUACGAGUCAAGAGGCUGCCGCACCUAAACCUAAUGAAGCUGAUGUCUCUUUACAAGAGGUUCAACACUCAGUUUCUCCAGUAAUAAUACAAUCAACAACAGUACCUGCUAGCCUUGAAAUUGAAGCUGAUGUUUCUUUACAAGAACAUCAACACCCAGUUUCUCCUUCGACAGUGCAGUCAACAACAGUCACUACUGUACAUAGCGUUGAAGCUGACGUCUCUUUACAAGAACACCACCCAGUUUCUCCGUCUACAGUACAGUCAACAACACUCACUGCUAAAUAUAGCAUUGAAGGACUCUCUUGCUCCAGAAAGCCAUUGAUGGACAUCACCCAUCAGUACAAUGUCACUGGUACAACUCAAUUCUCCGAGGAACAUAUUUCCGCAGAACAACAUGUCGCUGACAAAUUGUCAGACACUGUCACCAGCAAAGAGUCCACGAAUGCCCCGUUGGCCCACACGUCAAAGCAACUUACCACGAAAGAUACUUCGUCAGUACGAGAGUUUAACUCAAAAACUCGACGCUACAUAAAAAAGACGAAACAAAUCGCUGCAGAGAGUCUCGGUCAACCAGCAGCGGAAAGGCUCCAAAGUGCACAUGAAUAUGCAAGCCUAGAUAUUCUUCAGGAUUUUGAAAAACUUAACAAAAAGGCUAAGGCCUUUUUGUUAAUGCAACUGAGACUUGCAAGAAAAAACAAGAUGGCAAGAAGAUUUACUUUUCAAGACAAAUUAUUCGCGCUCGCGUUGAUGAAGCAAAGUCCCAAGGGAUAUAAAUUAUUAGAAAAUAUUUUUGCUUUACCGACGAAAAGAACAUUAGCACGUCUGUCGCAAAAAAUUGUAUUCGAAUGUGGAAUAAAUGAAAAAGUCUUUGAUCACAUUAAACAGAGCACGAAAAACUGGGAGACGUCAAAGAGAUUGUGUUCAUUGGUGUUUGAUGAAGUAGCAUUGACGCCACAUCUGAUAUACAAUGAGAAUAAAGAUGUUAUAAACGGCUUCGAAGAAAUAGCGGGAGAACGCAAGCAAAAAUUUGCCGACCACGCUCUUGUCUUUAUGGUUAGAGGCAUUUGCUCAUCGUGGAGACAAAGCAUAGUCUAUUAUUUUUGUGCCGGAACUGUCUCUGCACCAGAUUUGGAAAGGAUAUUAAAAGAAAUCAUUCCAAGGCUUUCUGAGGCUGGCCUGAUACCUCUUGCCCUAGUGUGUGAUCAGGGUUCAACAUUCCGGUCAUGUUUUAAAAAUCUUCAAGCUACAACCGCUCGACUACAAACACCCGAAGAAAGACCAUGUGAUACAGUACAUGUAGCUGGACAUGAUUUAUUUAUAUUUCAUGACCCACCACAUUUAUUAAAAUCAAUCCGGAACAAUUUCCUGGACAAGGAUAUUAUCUUCAAUGGGAAAACGGCGUCGUGGAAGGACAUUUUAUAUGUGUACGACACGGAUAUGCAAGGCGGCCACACUAGAGCGCUACCGAGACUGACGGCAGAUCACGUAGACCCAAAGAAGAUAAAAAAGAUGAAAGUGAAAAUGGCGGCACAAGUUUUAAGCGCCCGAACUGCUGCAAUGCUGAAAUUUACCGACAGUGUUCACAAACGAGUGAAUAGUCCACAAGAGACGAUGGAGACGACAGCUGCGGUCGUCUUGUUUUUUGACGAGCUUUUUGACAGCGUCAAUGGAUCGCCAGGCCAAGGCAAAGGCAAACUCAGAUGUGCCGUUAAAGAAACUUCAAGCCAUAAGGAUUUUUGGCUAAAUGCUAUAAGAACAUUGCAAAGUAUGUCAUUUUUAGACCGUCACAGCAAACUGGCGAUACGUAAUGGCCAGCCAAGGCAUGUACGCGUUCCGUGCUUGGAAGGGUGGAUAACCACAUUAAAAAGUUUCCUUGGAUUGUCAAAAAUAUUAUUUUCUACAUACAAAGUAAAAUACUUUUACCCUCGUUUUGUCAAUCAGGAUCCGAUCGAAAACUUCUUUGGUCGUAUAAGAGCAAUUAAUUACAGAAAUGUAAAUCCCGACGCAAACACUUUUAUAUAUUCUUUUAAAUCUAUAGUCCUCUCAAAUAUCUUGGCUCCACAGUCCACAUCAAUGAACUGUGAAGACGAUGACGGCGAAACCCUAAUUAAUUUAGGUAAUCUUUUCUUGACAACAUCACCUCAGGAUGAGAAAGAAAACAGGCCCAGAAAUUUAAAUACGCCGUCAUCGUCUUCAGUCCCCUUGUCCCAUCAGGACAAAAUUAAUUAUAGAGAAAUUAUAACUGAAAGAAUGAACGUCCAAACGUCCGCGUAUACGGCGGGAUACAUAUGCCGAAAAAUAACAAAAAAAGCAAACUGUAAUGAAUGUGCAAAAAGUUAUACAACAGAAGAAAAGCAAGGGAUCCAUGAAUACAUUAAACAUAGGGAGUACAAGAGAUUGAAAAAUGCCAAUUUGAAUUACCCAAAUUCGAGAAUAGUAUGUUUGUAUAGGGAAUGUGCCCAAAUAAUACACAAUUAUUUAAACGCGGCAUGCCAUUCAAAUAAUAUUAAAAAGAAUAUUAUUGCUUUAAUAAAAUCACGCUGCGACUUGUCUUGGCUGGGGUGCAAAAGUCAUAAAAUAUUAAUAAAAAAAUAUUUUAUGACUUUAAUAAUACGAUUACAGGUACACAACUGGUGUAAUAUCAUCAAUAGAAUUUUAAACGGCAAAAUCGAAGAAAAAUAUAUUUUAAAAAUGCAUACUUUGCAUGUUACUGCUUAUAAAAAGUACAAAGCGCAUCGUUUGCGACAAAAAUUGUUUAAUGACAAUGACGACUUUUGCACACCACCACCAUUUAAAUCAAGGCCUCUGAGUCUCUCACAGAGUUCUAAUGACAGCGAAAAAACAAUUAUAUACACCCCAUCGCCGAAAAAAUCCUUGCAGACACCCAAGAAAACACCCAAGAGUACUCCAAACCUUGGUUCAACUUCCAAAUCUCAGACUCCAAGUGCCAAAGAUAGAUUUUUCUCUCCAACAAAAAAUCGAAGUGUUAAAAAAAGGACGCCUAUUAAGAGCAAAAGAAAUUUGAACAGCUUGCUUGGAAAUGGAGAUUGUUUAGAAAAGUCUGUGGAACAAGUUUGCUUUGAAUAUGCAUGUGAAGGCAUGGAUGAUAAGACUGUAUUCUUAUUACAAAUAAUUAACAAAUACCUAAAUGAUAGCACACUAAAGCCACUCCUAAACAGCAGAGCUCAACAAUUGCUACAAAGUAGCCAGUCAGUGGUAAAGCCGGGUAUGAAGCUAGUCUGCAGACUAUUCUGGCGCAAAGACCAGUGGUUCCGGAGGAAACAGAUCAUGGAGAUUGUCAGCGAGGAUAAGGAACCCUUGGAUGAUUCCAGUCUGGAUGCAAUGAUUCUUUCAUUGACUCAAAGAGCUUGGUUGAAAGAGAGUAGCAACCACAUGACUUUCAAAGAACUGUCAUUACUCUUGAAAGCUGAGGAACUGAAGUUAAUUUGCAAGGACUUGAAGCUGAAAGGAGGCACAAAGCAAGAGGCAAUUGAUUCAUUGUGGAGUUACAGCCGGCGCACAUCUAGUAUUUGUAGCUACUUCUCCAACGGCAAGGGUAGCGAUAACAGUGCAAGAGUUUUAACAAUAAUGCGAGAAAAAGCGGGCUCCUGUUAUAAGUUGACAGAAGUUGCCAUAAGGACACUUAACCAGCUCUAUGUACUCAUGUACCUCGGCAUGGACUUUAGCCUCAUACGGGAAAAGAGAUUUGAACUGGCCCUGAUCCACGAUAACAUUGGCAGAGAGCCGUAUCCUGUCGACCACGAUAUGGAACUUGACAAUGCCAGCGUAGUUUUUGAAAGCAAUGAUGAAUUUGAAAGAUACAUGACUGCACACAAUGUGUAUGAGGAUUUUCUAGCUGAAACAUGCUCUGAUGAAAAGGCUGCCCUAGUCAAACAAGUUUAUCAGGUCUACAAAGCAAUAGACGACGAAGAAAUGUUACGUUACAAAGCCCUACCAAGCUGGCUUCGGCGGUUUACACCAGCUAAUCUCUACAUUAGAAUUCUAGACUCGGGCAUACAAGAUUUGAAGAAAACGAAAACUGUCGAGUCUUUUGAACUCGCAAUAGAAAUUCUGAGCCGCUUGAUAGGGCAGACUGCUUUCCGACAGCAUAAGAAGGCGGGCUGGUACGCGGAGAAGGCGUUGAUACUUCAUGGCUUACUUGGGAGGUGUGAUGAGGCAGCUGAAGUUCUAAUAGAAGGCUUCAAAUCAAAUUUAACCGACGAGGAAAAAGACAUAAUGCGCAAUCGAGCCGUCAGGAUAGCACGGCAGAAGUCUGUAAAGGUUAGCGAGCACUUGAAGAAAGAGCUGUUAGAACACGCCAGUAAAGAAGCUAUACUUGAGAAGAAUAUUGACGCGGUACACAUAUACAAACAACCUAUGGAGAACACUUCAAAAGGCAAAGCAAGGUUUGAAACGAAAACUUCAGACGGCAGGGUUAUCCAAAGCGUAGAAGAGUACUGUAUUACUCAUUGCAUCAGUACUGGAGAAUUUACUCAUGGCGAGCACUGGGAAGGCCGUAUCGUGACAACGAUGUUCUUCCUCCUGUUCUGGGACAUCAUCUACUCGAAGCCGCGCGGCGUCACCGGCGUCUUCCUCACGCACUUCCAAGCGUACCCGCUGGACCUGUACUCGGACAGUUUCUACACCAACCGACAGGUGCUCAUCGACGACAGACUGCGGCUCAUUGAGAGUUCUACCGAGGAGGAGGUGCUGGGGAUGAUGGAGAAUACUUGGCGAGAUAGGCGUGAAGGCGAGAUUUCGGGCAUCAACCGCGCAAUAGGCUGGGACAACAUCAGCGCGGUGGCGGCGUGCCUCGGGCCGCGCGCGCUAGCGGCGCUGGCGGCGCGCCUGGCGAGACACUACCGCUACGCGCACUGCGGCUUCCCCGACGUUACGCUAUGGAACGUGCACACCAAACAGAUCAAGUUCGUAGAAGUAAAGAGCGACUCUGACCACCCGUCGAUGAAGCAGAUCCAGUGGAUGAACUACCUACGAGAGCAUGGCAUCGACACCGGCUUCUGUUACGUCGGCGCCAACACCACCCGGCAACGCGCCAGGGCGGGGAAGAAAUCACCUUAAACACGGGAAUUAUAGGACUACUAAGAACUCAGGCGAUUAGUUUUGGUCUAUCCUCGUAAGUCCCCGUGUACUUGUACAAGUACAAAUUAAAUUCGAGUUUUAAACUCAUAUAGAAAGAAAAGACAGUUCCAAAUUCAAAAGCGCCGAAAUUGCCCUGGGUCUUACGAGGCAAUUGCGGUGUGGUUGAAGGUUUUGCGCCAGACUGAUAUACUAGGUAGAAAUUAAAUAUGUACUCGAAUCAUCUAAAAAAUUAAAGCGCGAUUAUCUUAACAACCGUCUGAGUUAAGUGUUAAACUGUGCGUAAUUAGACUUAAGUACAAUUAUUUACAAACUUUUGAAAUUAUAAAUUGUAAAGAGACUAGUCUCUAUCGGGUGACAUUUUUUGCCGUGCCACAUCUAGAUAUAUAAGCGGCAGGUAUGCGUUAGAAAACUCUCUUAUGUACCAGAUGAAACUUGUUAUUGUUGUGUUGGUUACAUCCACUGUCGAAUUUGUUAUAUUAUUUUUGAUCUCCACUUGGUAUUGAUUACUUAUAAUAGUUAUAAUACUAAAUGGUUGCUGUCUUUGGUUCUGAUAACACAUUGUAACCGUGAAAGCUUUUACUAUAAAAUAAGUUGUAUUUUGGGAUCUUUGUAUAUCGAUGACAAAUCGAUGAGAAACCCGGUCAACUUUAUAAUGAUAUGAUACUCAACCUACUUCGAUAAUAAGAGCCAUAAACACCAAAUCAUUAUUUAUCAAUUACUGCAUUUACAUGGACAUACCCUAUGGUAACCCAUAACUAUACCUACUAAUGUCAUCCCUCUUCCAAUGUUCAUCCUUUGACUUUUUGCUUUAGAAGAGUGUAGCUUAUAUUUUCGUAAAAUGAACGGAAUGUUAAAGAGAUAAUGGCAGUUCUUGCAUGCGCAAUAAUAGAUUAAUACUAAUAUUAGUUUAUACAGGUUUUAACUGGUUCUAUUGACUGGACAAUCAAUGUUAUUGUAGGAUGCAUAACAAAUUCUUAUUUUAUUAUUAAAUAACACGUAAAGGACACGUGAAAUUUUGUGAAUUGUGAUACCAAAUAAAU